AUGGAUCGAAAGGACGCCGACGGCUAUGCGAUCCCGCGGAUCCCCGUAUCGCGUGCACGAGCCGACGGUGUCGGCACGGGGUCGCCUCGCAAACGGAAGGCAGUCGACGAUCUAGGACCUGAGACCACGGCCGAGUCAUCCUCCCCAGUGUCCACUCUGACCGAGUACACGACCGACUCCUUGUCCUCCCCAGUGUCCACCCUGACCGAGUUCACGUUCGAGUCAGUGUCCGCUCCAUCAUUGUCCUCCCCGUCCGAGUCCACGCUUGGGUCAAUGUCCGAAGCGUCCGAGUACGCGCCCUCCUUGUCCUCCCUGUCUGGGUUGCGCACGACUGUGGACGACGAUAGCUGCCGCACACUGCUUGCCAGAAACAACAUCCACAUGCGCUACAGCCGGCUCCCCAAGCCUGCCUACGUGGAGGAUGUCGUGGUGCGCAUCCGUGACAUGCAGCGCGCAUCGCCGGAACCUUCGGAUGAGGCGUUAGUGAAGAACAAGUGUCUGCGGGAAUUGUUCGAGGGUUCACACGAGUCGCAAGUGGAGCUGCACUACAUGUACAAUGUGUUUCCCAUGCCCUCGGACGCCGACGACGACGCGAUUGGCGUACGAGCGCGCCUCCCCAUGUGCCGGCGGGUGGUCCCCUUUGUGGGUGGCGACGUGCCCAAGUUUCCCGUCCCGACGCCGGACUUGCUGUACGGGUACAACUGCGAAGAUGCGUUUCCUGAUACGGCCCACCAGAGACAGUUGAGGACGAUGUACGAUGAGGUGAUUGCCUACAACGACUACAGUGUCAGCAAUCCUUUUGUGUUUCCCUUCUUUGUCAUUGAGUUCAAAGGCGUGGCGGGCAACAUACGUGUCGCUAGCAACCAGUGUCUCCGGGGCGCGGCCACGUGUGUCAGCAUCGCCGAGACGCUGAAUCGGCGGCUGCUUACGCACGCACAAGAACACUCUGUAUCGACGGGAGGCACCGACGGCACCGACGGCGUGACGCCCGCAGCCUCCAUCGACAGCACGGCAUUCAGCGUCGCCAUGGACGGGCAGGACGCGCGGCUCUAUGUGUCAUGGAAACAAGACGAACGCAACUACUACAUGACCAACGUGGACUGCUACGCGCUGCGCCGCCCGGACGAGUACAAGCGGUUCCGCCGCAUGGUGCGCAACAUUGUCGACUGGGGCCGCAGCGACCGGCUCAAGGCCAUCCAUCGCGGGCUGGACCAGCUGCUCGAGGAGGCCCAGCAGCGCACGCCGGCUCCAGAUACGGACGCAGAGGCUGAGGCAGAGGCAGCAGCGAUGGAUCCGAUGGCCAUGUCUAUGCCAGAGCCGAUGCCAGAGCCCACACCGGGCGCGGGUUCCUCCAAGGCGUCCCGUCACCACUCGCCUCCCUCGGGCAAGGGCAGCAGCGGCGGCGGCGGUCGGAGCAAGAAGCCUCGAGCUUGA